AUCGCACCAUUGCCACAGAGUUGUGUGCGCGAUGCUAUGGCUACUAAAAGCAGCCAAUAGGAUUCGCCGGGUAGAAUGUAGAAGACAGUAUUCCGGAGAGCUUUAUACAGUGUUAGCACACCAGCUGCUGCACAGGCGCCGGAGUCCCUGUACUUGAAUUGCUCCAUGCGCGUGCUGCACGAGGCUCUCGUGAAUAGGGAUGGAAACUACAAAGACGUCAUCGGUUUCUGCGGAGAAAACUUCACGGCGUACGCCAAGGGGAUUUCCAAUUCAUCCAUCAACGCGUGGAGCGCCAAGGCCUCCCUUUCGACCUUUGACCCUGACACGGGAGCAGAGGGUGCUCCCUUCGUCUCGACAUCGUCCACUUCUAGUAAAAGAAUUGACCUCAGCAGCCUGAACUCAGAGGAAGUGACGUCAUGGUUCAAAGAGCUGGCCCCUUUGAACGUCUUCUUGAAGCAGAGCGAUUGCGAGAACAUAGUGGUGGUGGCUAACCUCAGUGUGCUGGACUCUACCGGAAUGGUCCGCUACACUGGAGCAACGACCGGAAGACUCUGGUGCGACUCAUCCGAUGUUGACCUAGCCCUGACCUUGACCGGAAAUCAGCCUACAGCCGUCACGGAUCUAGCGGCAGAGAGCUCGGUCUCUCUUCCUAUACCCGCAUCCGACAUGAUAAAGGCUAACGUAACUGGCUUCCUCAAGCCCCUUGCCAACAAGGGCUGCUACUUCGCCACUGCCUUCUUCACGCGCCACUUCGAGAUGAAAACCUCCGGUCCGUACACGAACCCCGGCAUCGACGCAAAGUCGAUUGUCCUGGCUACAAGUUGCUUCUUCCCAGCCAACAUCAGCAGUGUAGAUUUCAGAGCGAUGCUUACCAAGACUGUCGUGCCGAAAGGAUUAUGUGGCUCUUACCAGCUAGUCCUGCUCCUCGAUGCACUGAACGCUGCAUUCAACGAGCCGAACAAGAAGAAUAAUUACGUCACGUUUCUCUACAACGUCAGCUGCGAAACAGAGGACGUGUGUGAGGUUGUAGAGAACGGCUGGUCCGCGAAGGACGCCCGAGUGUUCCUCCGCAGCCCAAUGGAGGAUUCCGUCUUUAUGGACGACGGCAGAUGGACAGAGAGAAGGGACACGUCACAUAGUGACAUAGAGAGGUACGGAUACGGCGCGUUGAAGGUCAUCGGAAAGUAUCUCAAGGACCAAACGAACCAGUGCAAGGCGGACCUCACUUCCGCGGAUGCAGUCGCUAGGAAAGUGUCCGAGAUGGAAGGGAUUAACGCGGGGCCGGCUGUGGACACGACCGACAUAGCUGACCUGCUGACCUCGUAUGAACAGACCAAGGCCAAGCUGAUUGCUGGGACCGCAGACAAUAAAACUGCCAUAUACGACCUGAGGAUCGCGGAAAUGACAAACAAAUCCAGCCUGAACUUCCGGGAGCUGCUGAAGAAGCAUAUCGAGAUGGGCGGCCUGCUGUCGAUCAUUAACGCCUCGCACCCCUCGGGAUCGAACCGUACCAGCCGUGGGAUGCUGUGCCACCUCGAUCAUACCUUCGAAAAGAUUGCUUACUUGUUUAAGGAUCUCUUCCUGAACGAUCAGAUCCACCACCCGCAUCGCGCAUACCUCCAGGAGACCUUGGCGGAGAUUGUCGGCAACCUGACCGCUGUGUCCCUCCUGCUGAAGAAACAGUACCCUGGCUUCGAUUGCCUGGAAACUAUGGUGAAACGGGUCAUCAAGAUCCUUCAUCUCGCCAACGGCGGUUCCGUUGAAACCAGUAUGACCGAUCUCUGGGACGACAUGCUAGACGGAGACUACAUGAACGCCAUGAAGGUCAACAACCCGGACUGGAUGUGUGGCGGGAUGUGGAAUCGUUGCCUCAGGAAGAUCGCCGCCUUGUGCGAACGCUGCGACAUGGAACAGGAAGUCACUUCAGAUGACGUCUGCCGCAUGCUGACCUUGAAGAAGUUCGCGCGCGACUACGCGACGGUAAUUGGCUUGCACCACCUGGAUCGAUACGGCAUACUGGAAGGGGAAUAUAAAAACGACACAGCGUGUAAAAGGGAGCGUCUGAUUGCUACCCGUGAAAUCCUCACCUUCUGGAAACAAGGUCCAUUGAGACCGAACGACCCCAACUCACCCCAGUGCGUUAUGAAGGGGCACAUGAGCCCCGACAACAGGAAGAUCUGCUGGCGAAAGAGGGCCAUGUGCACGUGCGACGCAUGCUCCGCGCCAUCAGCAUGGAACAGGAAGUAGAGCUGUCACGUGUGCGGAGACGGAGACGCUCUGGGCCCGUAAUCACAAUUCUUAUUAGGAAUGUGUGAACUGCAGUCAAAAAUUAAGGCAGAGUUUUUCUAAUCAAUGAUAUUGACCCUGAUUGUCUGUAGUAUCUGAAUCAGGAAAUGGUAUCAAUCGAAUCGUUACAGGAUUUAAGCUGUUAAAGACGAAGUAAUAUUUACAUCAAAUAUAACGGACUUUGGGAAAUUUAUAGUUUUGAAAAUUAACUUUAUUAUUCCGUAGAAACAUUGGAUGAUAUGGGCCCUAGAUUUGAUAAAAGUUAUUGAACUAACCUCUGAUAAUCAACGUGAAAAAAUCAAAACGAUUUGAUAAUAAAUACAAAAGUAGAAUGCAUGUUUUUUUUCAUAAAUUGCAUAAUUGAAAAGUGAAUAUAAAAUUGUUAAAACUCCAGUUGUUAGCAAAUGUAGUAAGAAUGUGAGUUACGUUUUGACCGUGACAACUUUUCUCGCCUUAAUAAGCCUGUGUAUCAUUUUAAUUAGUUUCAGGAUAAAACAGUAGGAUUAAACAUUUUGAGUGUUGAAUAAAACCUUGUGCUAAUGUUAAAGAUGAUACAUUUUAAAGACAAUGUCCUGAAAAUCGCUGUGAGAUUUUGUUCUUAAAGUGCGAACUGAUGCGCUUAGCAAUGAUUGUGUUUUAUUAUUGUUUCAUUUAUCUGUUUCAUAUGAUAUGCCUUACGAUCAGAAAAUAACAUAUCAAUUACAAAACUUUCAAGACCAGAAAUCGCUCUCGGUUUAGUAAACACAGGAUUAAAAUGUACGGUAAUAUCGAGGUGGUAAACAUAGGUAAGCAAUUAAAAUGAUUUGGACGGGUUUUUGUGCAACGAUUUUGUUAGCAAAAGUCAAACGAAUUGAACCCACCUCUUUUAAGAUAGUAACGAGAAAAUAAUUAAUUGGUUGUUAUAUCUGUGAUAUUAUUAUUACUUUGUUGAAUUUUUAAUAUUCUAAAGAUGUAUGCUUUGAAUGCUGUUAACGCUUUAAUUUACAGCGUCUCUUUGCAUAUACCAUUAUGAUAAAAUUGUGUAAAUACGUAAAAGGUUCCGAAAUAAUAACACCAGAGAAAAGAAGAAUAUCUUCAACCACCAACAUUUGUGGUGCAAACUGCAUACUGUUUGGCAGCAUAUUGUUUUCAUGAUUAAAAAAUUAAAACAAAGACAUUUCUAUAUUUCAAGAAAGAUCACGUUUUCUCGGAAAACCUCGCGUUAAGAAAAAAAUAUUGUUCUAUGAUUUUUUUUAAAUAUAACUUUGUAAUUUAAGUGUAACUCUUAACUAAGUUCACUAAUUAAAGGGAAUAUCGCAGCAAUUGAUGAAAUCGUUUACUUAUAAGGAUACCGGAUUGAAGCGUCAUCUAUGAUUUUCAAAUUCUAAACGUAUAAGCAUUGUUUGAUCCCACCUUAUUGAGAAUAGUACGCACGAAUUUCGUGUUUACCAGAGUGUAGCUGAAAAACGUAUUUUCCCUGAGCACUAUCUAUUAUAUGUUGUAGUUUCACGUGCUAUUAUGUAAAUCUAUUUAUAAUUCCCUCUCGAAUAGCAAAACGAAAAAAACUGUUGCAAAACACAAAUAAUUUAGAUAGUAAUAUACGAAAUUUACGAAAAUAAUUUACAAAAAGCAAAUGUAUUCACCAAAUUAAAUAAUAAAUAUACUCAAUGUGUGGUGUUAAAACAAAAAUGAUAAAUGUGUAUAUGUUAUUUAAGAUAUUUUCAUAUAUGUUUCAUAAACUUGACAAUUGAACUUUAACACUUUUAUUUUUGUUGAA